AGUUCAUUUUGAGAGAGAGAAAGAGAGAGAGAAGCCAGCAGUAACAGUAACAGCAACCAUCAUAUCAUGUCUGGAAGAGGAAAGGGAGGGAAGGGUCUGGGAAAAGGAGGAGCGAAGCGUCACCGAAAGGUUCUGAGGGAUAACAUUCAGGGAAUCACCAAACCUGCGAUUCGCCGUCUCGCGAGGCGUGGUGGUGUCAAGCGUAUUAGUGGUCUUAUCUACGAGGAGACACGUGGGGUUCUCAAGAUCUUCCUCGAGAACGUGAUUCGCGACGCUGUCACCUACACUGAACAUGCUCGCCGCAAGACUGUUACCGCCAUGGAUGUGGUUUACGCCCUCAAGAGGCAGGGUAGGACCCUUUAUGGUUUCGGGGUUUGCGUGCGUAUUCGGUUUUGUUUCGUUUCGAGAGAGAAAACAUCAGCAACAGCAACCAUCAUGUCUGGAAGAGGAAAGGGAGGUAAGGGUCUCGGAAAGGGAGGAGCGAAACGACAUCGUAAGGUUCUGAGGGAUAACAUCCAAGGAAUCACCAAGCCUGCGAUUCGCCGUCUCGCAAGGCGUGGUGGCGUUAAGCGGAUCAGUGGUCUUAUCUACGAGGAGACACGUGGGGUUCUCAAGAUCUUCCUCGAGAACGUGAUUCGCGACGCUGUCACCUACACUGAGCAUGCUCGCCGCAAGACUGUAACUGCUAUGGACGUUGUCUAUGCCCUGAAGAGGCAGGGCAGGACCCUUUAUGGUUUCGGCGGCUAGAGAUUAUGCUAUGCUAUGCUUUUGUUCCUCAAGAGUUUUUAAAUUAGGGUUUCUUAUAGGAUUAUUUAGCUGUUGAUAUUGUGCAAUAGCUCUCUAAUUUGGCUAUGAGGAGUUGUCUGUUCUGCACUUUUAUUAUUAUAAAGUACAUUUCAUGUCACAUUAAUAUGAUCACCUUAGGAUGUUUAAAAAUGUAGCUUCGGUAAAAUGCAGUGUGAAUUUAUGAUUCCCCUCGUUAUUUUUGCUGGUGGAAGAGCAGAGUCUAUUAGUUUUUCCUUUUUUAAAGCUCUGAUUUUAUGUUGAACUUGUAUGUAGUAAUUCAGUUCAAAUUGUGAAUUGGAACCCUUGUUUAAGGCAAA